AUUUUAACUGCCUGGCAGUCAAGAAGCAUGGAGCCUGCACAAGAACCGGAGGAGCUGGGACCUCAGACAGAAGCGGCUGCAGACACAGUUCUGGAGGUGGGAGGGAGCCUGUUCCAGGUCAGCCGCAGGGCCCUGUCCACCCACAGCCCUUACUUCGAAGCCAUGUUUUUCGGGGGAGCACGAGAGAGCUCUGAGCACCACAUCGUGAUCAGAGGGGUUGAGGCUGUGCCCUUCCGGGCACUGCUCGAGUUCACUCGCACAGCACAGGUGCUCAUAGAGCAGGAAACCGUCACCAGCUUGCUGGAAGCAGCUGAUUUCUUCCAGUUUGACAGAGUGAAACUGUUGUGUGAGAAGUUCCUGGAGAGGGAGCUGCACGUUUCCAACUGCCUGGGCCUCAUGAGCUACUCACAGCAGUUUGCCUUCAUAGAGCUGUACACCUCUGCCGUGAACGUGGCGCUCACUCACUGGGGGGACGUGAUGUGCCAGGAGGAAUUCAAGGCGCUGCCCAAAGCCUCACUGCUGCAGCUGCUGCAGAGCGACGAGCUCUUUGUUCCCCGGGAAGAUGUGGUUUUUGACAGUGUGAUGAGCUGGGUCCUGGAGGACCCGGCCACGAGAGAGGAGGAUUUCCUGGAGCUCAUUGGCCACGUCAGGGUCACCUUUCUGAGCCUCUCCUUCCUCGACUGCCUGGUGAAGCACCGCAAGCGCUCCGGGGAGGCAGACACCUUCUCCAGCCUCAUCAAGAAGUUAGACCUGUGUCCUCCACCCAGCUGGCAGAGCACAGAGCUGCGUCCUCGUGCAGGCCGGAGCUAUGACACCCUCUAUGUGCUGGGAGGGAAGCACGACAAGGACCAGCAAGAACUGUUUCUCUUUCACCCUAAAACGGGGACCUGGCAGGCUUGUUCUCCACUGCAGCGCAGGAACCUCACCCAGUAUGCAGUGGCAGCAGUAGGGAGCUUCCUGUUUGUGACAGGAGGAUAUUUCCGGGAUGAGUUUGUAUGGUACAGUGUGGAUUGGGUUCUUACCUACAACUGCUUGGACAAUAGCUGGCUGGAAGGCCCUGCCAUGAAGAAGUCCCGCAACAGCCAUUGUGCAGUAGGAGCAGGGCUCUACCUGUAUGUGCUCGGAGGGAGCACAGAUGAAGGGAUAAUCCCAGCAGUGGAGCGCAUGGCUUUGGUGGACUCCGAGUGGGAAAGCAUGAGUCCUAUGGCUCAGCCUGUGGAGAGGGGAGAUGCGGUCAGCAUGGGAACCAGGAUCUACGUGGUCUGUGGCCUGGAUGAAAAUGGCCAUGUCUAUGAUGGAGUGCAGCGGCUGAACACGGAGACAGACAGCUGGGAUGUCAUCUCAUUCUCCCCGCUUCCAAGAUAUGAUCUCUGCAUCACCUCACUAAAUGGUGCUCUAUACACCAUAGGAGGAGGAGCUUUUCGAUUCGAUGUGGAGACAGAUGAAUGGACCCAGGUAGAUGAGGAAUGCCUGACCCACAAGUUCUUCAUGGGAUGCAGCACUGUGAAUGGACGAAUUUAUCUCCUUGGACAGAGGAAGGGGAACGGUGCCCUUCCCAUUGUGGUCCUCUUUGAUCCCUACACUGAUAUGUGCCAGGUCAUCGAUAACAAACUCCCUUGUCCCCUUCCUAUUAAUGGAUGUGUUUCUGUAAGAAGAUUUGAUACCUGGGCAUGA